UUCAUAAUGAAGGGAAAGGAACUUUCACCAGACCGCGGUCUUAAAACAAUACGGAAUAGUUCGAUUUUUUAGCUGUGCUAAAGCUCACCCUGCUUGGGUGAGCUCCAGCCAAGAUCGUCCAGGGAAAGGUGCCAACUUCUUCAAGUUUGCUGAUUUUAACAUGGUGUGGAGUGCAGUUGCCGUCCCAGAGUGAACGGAAAGGAGUGCGCAAUGAAGCAAAAAUAUUCCACAAUGGUGGACUACUACAAAAUUCUGGAGGUGAGUCGAAAUGCCUCCGUAGCAGAAAUUAAGAAAGCUUACAGACGUUUGGCGCUGAAAUGGCAUCCAGACAAGAACCCAGACAGCCAGGAAGACGCUACAAAGAAAUUCAAGGAAAUAUCAGAAGCCUAUGAGGUGCUCAGUGAUGAAAAGAAGAAAAAGAUAUAUGACCAGUUUGGCAAAGAAGGUCUUCAGACUGGUGGAGGUCCUGGACCCACAAGGUCAAGGUCUUCUCGGUCAGCUCGGCAUCACUACAGAUUUGAAGACGACUUGGAUUAUAAUUUCCCUACAUUUACAUUCAGAGAUCCUGAGGAAGUAUUCCGGGAAUUCUUUGGGGGCGAUCCUUUUGCAGAAUUGUUAUCUUUUGAUCCUUUUGAUCCACUGGGGCACAAUGCCAACCGCCGCCGUCGACAGGGUAGACAACGAGGAGGCCCUCCACAAGGACCAUCAGCACACCACAUUGCUAACCACAAUUCCAUCAGCAGCCACUUCUUCUCUCCUUUCGGCUCACUCUUUGGUGGACCCAUGUUCACGCCAUUCUCAGGUAUUGAAGGAAUCGAAGGUGGUGGUGGUGGUGGUUUUACCUCAUUCUCAUCUCACUCAUUUUCUACUUUGGGAGGCCCUGGUAUGAAACGUUCAUCCACCUCAACCAAAUUUGUAAAUGGGAAGAAAAUAACGACCAAGAAAGUAUCUGAAGGUGGCCAAGAAACAAUCAUGACCUUUGAAAAUGAUGUACUGAAGUCCAAAACAGUCAAUGGUGUACCACAAGCUUUACAGUAUUAGCGUAAAAGACAUUUAUGCAGAACACUGUGAAGAUUGUAAAGAAAUCAUUUACCAGAUCUUGAUAAAAGCUUGGAAAACUCCAAUCUUGAUGAAAGAUCAGAAAGAUACUGAUAUUGGUGAAAGAUUAGAAAGUAAUAUUGUGAAAGAUUGAAUAAUACUGACUGUUUUCCUGACUGAGCUAACCUUUUGUGUUCUUGUCUUAGUAAGAAUGAUUUCUUUUUUUCACAUGUGGAAAUCAGUGUAGGGUAAUGAAAGUAUAUGGAGUGUACAUUGUUGUAAGUUAUUAUUUUCUUCUCGUUAUGCAGAUAUUAAAUAACCACAACUACAUGUUUUGUAAUCAGUAGUUAUUGUGUACUGUACAGUUAUUUUAUCAACCAGUUGUACUUAAAAAAAUGGUAUAGAUAUGGGAAUAUUUACAACUUUGUAAAAAAAAUUCCUUGUGAAUGAAUAAGUAAAUAUAAAUGUCUGAUGCUAUCAUUAGUUUCUUGAUAAAAAUCGGUUCCUUUUUGUACAGUGCUGUCAACUACUUGGUUCGAGUAUUUUGAUCUUUAUUUUCUGAGAACGUUUAACCCUCCGUGCAUAUAUACAAUACUGUAUGUAACAAGGAACAUGCUAGUUUUGAAAAACUCCAUUAUAAAAAUUUCUUCCCAAGAAAUCUUCCCAGCAUUUUAAGAAUUAACACAUAAUCCAGAUUGCAUUGAAAUUAUAUUUUUGCUAUCUUCUGGAGUAAGAGAUUAAUUAUUUCUCUAGAAUAUGAUUAACUUGGUUUCUCAAAUAUUUUUUUUUAUCAUAAUGAGUGUUUUCCACAUUUUGUUGAGUUAGCUAAAAAUAAAGGGUCUGGUUUGUGGCAUCACAUGAUGUUUGAAUUGAGAAACACGGGAUUUUUUUUUAUGUAGAUAUGGUUUAUGAAGUAUGGCAUCUUUGUUUUGCACAAAUGUGUAACCCAUGUUCUCUUGCUCAGGAGGAGCAUAUUGUUUCAAAUGUGAUAAUUUUGUUCUAAAAGUACUCUGUGAAAGAGAACUAAUAUUAGUCAUAUCAGUAGCUUUCUCAGACACAGUAGGCAUAAGAUUUGACAGUCAGUGUUUAAGUUAGGUAUAGCAUUGUGCUUACAGUUACAUACCUGCAAUUAAGUUGGUAUGAUAGUGUUGGUAUUCACAGAUAUGACUGAAUUAACUCUGAUCAGUUAUUUAGUUUAAGGUGAGGAAUUUGAUCCUGUAAACUGUUAAUAUUGAUGGCACUAAUUUUUAUAGGACUGAGCACCCAGGGAUGUUUUGGUACAUUACUGUGAGCCACAUUAGGGUUGGAAAAGAAGUUAUUAUUAAUUAUCCUUUCUUAUUUGUAAGUCACUCAUGCAGAGAUUAGGACCAGUGUUGCUCUAUUUGUGGAGCUCAGCCUGCUAACUUUUUUUAUGGCACCUUGUGAUAUGGAGAAUAUGGAACAGGAUCUUAAAUGUUAAGUCAGCUUAGAUCAUUGUUAGAAAGGGAGGUACGGUACCUUUGUCACCCUUGAAGAAUUUUUUAUACCCUUCAGGGAAUUAACACUCUCAGGGUUUUCACAUGCUCCAAGUGUAUGAUUUUUUUUUUUUUUUUGUCAAAUGGGGUAUUCUUGCACUCUUUGUGUAUGUUUGUUUAACAGAAAUUUUGUUGAAAAAAACUUUUAUAUCAUUCAUUCAUGAUGCUAAUGUUACCUAAAUAUUCUUAAUAGCGUAUGUACCACAGCUGUGGUGAACGAUAGAAUCAACAUUUCUUGUGAAAAACAGAGCGUUAUUUGCACCCAAAAAAUACCACCAUCAUUGUUGGUCUGUCAUUUUGUAUUAUAUAUUUAUAUAGUUAAUCUAUUCACUGUCAGUUUGGAGAAAAAAUUAGGUUUCUAACUCAAUUAGAACUUAUUGUAAACAUUGAGUGUUUUGUUUUCGUUUUUUCAUAAGAAAAAUAAAGUUCCCAAUGAUGUUAGGUCAAUUUUUUUCCAGGAUAUAUUGAAAAAACUUGUAAAUCACUUACUCAGGAUCAGUACAGCACCAAGUUUAUCUUACCACAAUUAGUACUGAUACUAUGGAUAAAAGUUAUAUAUAUAUAUAUAUAUAUAUAUAUAUAUAUAUAUAUAUAUAUAUAUAUAUAUAUAUAUAUAUAUAUAUAUAUAUAUAUAUAUAUAUAUAUAUAUAUAUAUAUAUAUAUAUAUAUAUACUGUAUAUAUAUAGUACCUGUUUACUUUUUUUUUUUUUUUUAUAUACUCCUGGCCAGAUUUAAGGGUACUUUAUUGACUAAAAUAAUUGGAAGGGGUCGGGACCUGAGAGUGUUAAGGUACACGCGGUAAAAAACUAUCUUUACAAUUCUUGUGCGAAAAAAUUGACACCACGAAUGAAGGCUUUUGAUAAAGGCCCACGAGGCAUACCUCGCAUUGGCAACCGUGUGUGGAAUGUUCAAUUCAAAAUUCAUUAGAGCCCUCGUGAAAGAUACAUUUUUACCAAGUGUACAUGAAUAUUUUGUUUGCAGACUAGUUGUGUACAUUUUCUUCUUUACUGUGUAUUAACUGCUUAGUACAGGAUUUUCUACAUUGAACAGUAUGCAAAGAUCAAAAUCCUGUUGAGAAGGAUUAUGGCCUUAAUUUUAUGCCUUUAUGCCUGAAGAACUAGUCAGUGCUUGAUGGGCUUGUUCAAAUACUUAGGCUGUUAAUAUCAAUGAUCAAAGUGAUAAACACCUCACAUGAUCAUUGAAUCCUAAAUAGUAUUUUCCUGUAGCUGCUAAUCAUUUAAGUAUUCAUAGCCAUGUGACCAUUCUCAUGAUGCAAAGAUUUUCAAGUUUGACUUUUUUGAGGGACCUGUGGUGCACUGGUAGUAUUUCUUGACCUGACUUUGCCUGAUCACAUAAAUGGUGUAGAUUUAUUUUUAAUUUUAACUGACUGUGUACCAUAUAUGUAUCUAUUAGUGUACUUUUCCCCCCAAAAAGUGUGAUAUUGGCAUUGUGAUCUCAUUGCAUAUUUUCUGGAUCCAUGGCUUAGAGCGUACUGUCCAAUAUGUAUUGUUCAUCCUCUGAGACUGCAGUAUCUGAGUGUUGGUGGAGAAGCAUUGCACUUGCCAAAGAUGAAGGAUAUGUAUUGCUUAUGCUAUGUGAAACAAAAAUUUUGGGGUGAUUUCAUUUCCUAGAAAAGUUGAUUUAGAUGACUAUUUUUAGUUUCAUAUUUUAGCAGAGUGCAUACCAGACACAAAUAUCACUUUUUCAUGGUUGAAGUAAUGGGGAUGGCAGCAUUGGUGUCAAAAGGUGUUAGUGUUUCUGAUUUGUUGAAAGUGUUCCAUGAAACUUGUUUAUGUAUAAGCUUGGAAUAAGUAAACUUUCAGUUAUUUCUAUACAAUACGGAGAAACUCUUGACAGGUUUUUCCUGUGUACAUGUUAACAGAUUCCAACAUUUAAUUUUGCAUUUUCUUACAUUUAUGGAAUUUUUUCACACCUUUCAGUUUAUAAAACCUGUAGACUUUCUUAAUUCUAGGAUGCCAGAGAUGUGAAGUGUUUCUACCUUUCAACAACUUAGAAUUUAUUUAGAAUACAUAUUAUCAUGAGAAUGAAUUAAUUUAUUAAAGCUGAAGUUCUCAGCUCAUGAAGUGUAGCGUGAAAGAUCUUUCAUUUAGUAGUUCUAUAAUGUAUUGUGUUAAAUAUCCAUUGAAAUUAUGGGUUAUAUGUAAACAAGACACUUGACAACUUACUUCACUCAUAAUGUACUUAAUGUCGAACUAUUACACUCGAUAUGUAUUCUGGCAUCACUCGUGCUUUGAUAAUAUAUGCAGUAUUUGUGAGAAUCCGAGAAUCGGAACUACAGGAAAAUGGAGAUGAGGACUUCAGAGAAGUGUAAGGCAGAGAAUGAACCAGUGGCCACUCAAGUAGUAUACAUAUAAUGAGUGAAUGGUAAGAGAAAAUUUGGUAAAAAGAAUGUAUGAGUUAAAGGUGGAGGAAAAAAGUAAGCCCAACAAUGAGAUGGGUGAGUGUGGUGAAGGAAACCACAGCAGCGAUAGAAAUGGACAUUUAGGUAGCAGCAGUGUGUGUGUGAAUAAAGUAGUGAACAUGAUUUCAAGGCAGUACAUGCUGUUGGUGGGCAAUACUGGUUUGUGUGAACCACAGGAGUAAACCAGAUGUGGGGCUGUGUUGUGGAAGGGGAGAACACAUCUUUCAUAGAAGUAAGAUUGAAUUAGAAUGGCAGUGACAAAAAAAAAAAAAAAAUAUGUAUGUUUGUGACUGCUUUUUUUUUUUCUGUCCACCCUACAUUCAGCAGGAAAAUGCUUGAGAGCAUAAAUAGAAAAUUGUAAUUAUAGGCCAAGAAUUGAUUAUUAUAUCAAAGACUUCCAGAAUGCCUUGAAGUGAUGAACUGUUAGUAAGCAAGUGCUCAGCAAGUAGACGAGUGUAUCUUCUGAAUUGUGUACUGUAUAUCCAUUUCACUUGACAUGACCAUAGAAAACUAAUUACUGUAUGUUUAACUGAUGACAUAGGAGCUUUUCCUUCGUUGUCUUUUCUUGGAUUGUAACUACUGUGUCUGCAAAAUUCCAGAUGCUUCAAUGGGUUUGGACUUCAAAGAUGAAGUCCAUUCCAGAUGAGCAGACAAUUUAUACUGUACUUGCAAGGUACCCAAAGAUGAUUCAAGACCAUUCAAGAUAGCUUAACCUUGCUUUGAUUGUAUAUGUUCUAUUUAUGUAAACUAUGAAUAAUAAAGUGUUUAUUAUCUUUACUUAAA